CAAUAACACAGUGUUUAAGAAAACAAACUUUUUUACUCACUUAAUAAUGAUCGUAUUAGAGUGAACUAUGAAGACUUCGAAUAGAUUAGACCCAUGGACAAGAAAAAACAAGAAUCCCUCUUUUCCUGCUGGAGAAGACAACCGACAGACAACCAAAACUUAGAAGAAAAAGACAGAAUUGAUGAAAAUGUCGAACCUGAUGCUUUUAAUGACGACGACGAUGAUCUUUUCGCUGAGGCUUAUGACCAGAGCAUUAGUCUGGAUGGCGACUUGCUCAGGGGUGAUAGAGAACAACCAAGUACAAGCACGGAGAUGCAAGAGUACAGACCUUUGGUACCGGAAAGCACACCAUUGGAGACUCUCCCGGGGUUUGAUGUUGAAAAUGGACGCACUUGGAUUUAUCCUGUCAAUUACCCAGUUCGAUCAUACCAGUUCGCUAUUGUUGAAAAAGCACUGUACAAUAAUACCUUGGUCUGUCUUCCUACUGGUUUGGGCAAGACCUUUAUAGCUGCAGUCUUGAUGUACAAUUUUUAUCGAUGGUAUCCAAGAAGCAAGAUUAUAUUUAUGGCCCCAACAAAACCUCUUGUGGCCCAGCAGGUAGAAGCUUGUUUUAAUAUUGUGGGUAUGCCACAGGUAGAUACUUCCCAAAUGACAGGUUCAAUGGCACCAGCCUCGAGGAUACAGGAAUGGACGGAUAAAAGAGUCUUCUUCCUGACGCCCCAAGUACUUACCAAUGACCUAUCUCGUGGUGCAUGCCCUGCAGACCAAAUAAAGUGCCUGGUGUUGGAUGAGGCUCACCGUGCACUUGGAAAUCAUGCGUAUUGCCAGGUCGUACGGGCAUUAAGAGAACAAAGGUGUAAUUUUCGUAUAUUAGCCUUAUCUGCCACCCCAGGAACAGACGUCAGAUCAGUACAACAGGUCAUUCAAAAUCUCUUGAUAUCACACAUUGAGCUCCGAAAUGAAGAAAGCCCAGACAUUGCAGCUUAUAGCCACCAGCGGCAUAUAGAAAAAGUCGUUGUACCUUUAGGAGCAGAGCUGGCUAGUAUUCAGUCAAGAUACCAGAAUGUAUUAAGAGUGUAUGUUAACAGAUUAAUAGACAUGAGGGUGUUGUAUACUCGUGACGAGACCACGCUUUCAAAAUUCCAGAUACUAAAGGCUCGUGAAGGCUUUCGUCAAAACCCACCAGACAACCUCCCUCGUGAUCGUUAUGGCGUUGCAGAGGGAAUGUUUGCCUUGUGCAUGACUCUGUAUCAUGCAUAUGAGCUUCUCCUCCAGCAUGGCAUCAGGUCUUUUUACAAUUUCCUGAAAGGAACUCUUGGAGGGGACAAGGGACAUAGCAUGGCAAGAGGGGAACUGCAGCGUAACAGUGUCUUUAAGCGUCUGAUGGAGGACCUCGGUGACAAAUAUGACUCAGGAAAACAGCAAAAUUCAACCAUGAAUAAUAGUUCAGGAAUGUUUGGACAGAUUGGCAGCCCACAGUUGUUAAAAGCAAAGUCAACUACGCCAUAUGUUGUUAGUCAUCCCAAAAUGGAAGAACUUCGCAAAAUUGUCAUAAAGCACCACCAGAAGUUUCUCGAUGAAGGGAAAUCUACACGAGUGAUGAUAUUCUCCCAGUACAGAGACAGUGUACUGGAGAUUACAGAGAUGUUACAGCACCAUUACCCUCUUGUUAAGGCCAUGAGUUUUGUUGGCCAGUCAACAGUAGCUCACGGAGGAAGGGGAUUCACUCAAAAGGAACAGUUGAAGGUUGUGAAAGAGUUCAAAGAAGGAGGGUUUAACACUUUAACUUCAACGUGUGUAGGAGAAGAAGGCUUGGACAUUGGCGAAGUUGAUCUCAUCAUUUGCUACGAUGCGCCCAAGUCCCCGAUCCGUCUGGUGCAGAGGAUUGGUCGUACAGGCAGGAAACGCGAGGGCCGUAUCAUCAUCCUAGUAACAAAGGGGAAAGAGGAACAGAUGUAUAACCAGAGUCAGUUACAGAAGAAAUACAUCAAUAUAGCUCUAUCAGAUGGAGAAAAACUGAAAAGGUUUCUCUUUCCUUCAAAUGAUCGCAUGGUGCCAAGAGGUAUAAUGCCUGUAUGCCACAAGCUCCACAUGAAGAUAGGCACAUGGAAAACCAAGACAGGCAAGGAACGCAAAUCUGACAUAGGCUCAAAGUCCCUCUCAGGCUCACUCCUAGAAAACACUAAUAUGCCAAAGAAGAAACAACAAGGUAAAGUUGGUAUGCUAAGUCGGGAGGAAUGGCAGUGGUUAAGAGACAAUUUGUGGGUUCCGCCGGAAGAGGUCAAGACUAUAGCAAAGCCAGUAUUCAUGAGCUUGAAGAAAGAGGAACAAGAAGUGAAGGAGGAAAUGUCCACAGUAAACUUUGGGAACUACCAACCCUGGCAAACCAUGCUGCAGAAGACACAUGUGGUUGGACACUCGGUGCAGUCACAGAAUCUGGUUCAGCUCACGGAAUUCAUCGACCUGCAGAUCCUUCUUGACCCAGAUGAAGACCCCUAUAGCCUUGAGAUGCAGGCCUUUCUGGAUAUGAGCUACAUAGAAGAUAAAGAGACACGGACAACAAAGGCAACGACAUCAAAGGACGAGCUACCAAAGAAGAAAUCGAAAAUAACAAAAGGAGAGAAGAAAAAAAACGUGAAAGCCAAGCAAACGAACCUCAUUACAGACAUGUUCAACAGCCAGAAAGCGAGGAAGAAUGCGGAGGAAUUGAAGUCCCAAAAGCACCAAGAUCUCGAGGACUUUGACAUCUUGUCCGAGAAGCCAAAGGGAAAGGAAUACGAUAGUGACAUAGAGAUUAUAGAGGAUGGUGUUAUGGAUGUUGAUGAGGAUCAGGCCGAAGGGGGUGAUUUGAUAACCUCCUCGUUUAGUAGAAGUAAAGAAAAUAACUCCCGAAGUAAAGAGCCAAACAAUUCGUCAGUGAACUGUGAAGAGGAUAUGGAGGUAGAAAAAAAGGACUCAAGGGAUAUUACACCUGCUUUGGAUAGUCUAUCUAAGCAGGUCAUGUCAGUGUUGUCCGUCAGAUCUCUGUCUCCGCUCCGCGUUCUAACACCUCCACAUUCUAUCCCAAGUGACGAGGAAAUCGACUGAACCCUUAAGUCCUACAGAUGUCAUAUCGGUAGUCGAUGAGUGGAUGGAAAGCAGAAGGAUAAAGGGAUGUCUGCAGUCU